GUUAUACUAAAUCUGUCACCUCUGACCUAUGAUCGGUCGUUGACCCCAAGUUUGCCAGCUGUCGGCAUGUCUUGAUAUGGUAGUGUUCACAACAAAAUUCUUGGGCGUUGGAAACGCUGCGUCACGUCUGUGUAGUUCUAUGUCGAUGUUGGACAACAGUCUGUGUUUGAAGUAACGUUUAUGGGUACGUUCUACUGCUGAAUAGUAAAAGAUGCCUCGCCGGAAACCAGUGCCAUCCCUCAGGUCGAUGUGUCUGACGUUCUUCCGGGACUUCGACAGACUUGCAGCCGCCAGUCAACAGCAGGGAGUAACGGUCAACAGGCUGAUUCGGAGACUGCCACUAUCCAUUGUGGAAGACCUUCUCCAAACUGUCCCUAUGUCUCCUGUUGAGGCCCUGCAGUUCUUACACCCCUACCUGAAGAAGUUUAACAUCUUCGUCUCCGAGGAGGACCUCAAUGAGAGCCUUAUAGACCAAUAUACGACAUGUCUGAAGACAUCAAAGGGUCUUCGACAAGUAGGCAUCAAAGUAAGCGGAGAUGUCUUGAUGGGGCAAAGGUUCAUAGGAGCGGUCCUGAGAUCCACCACCAAACUCGUACAACUCAAUGUAUCAGACAGCCCGUUUAAUGAUGACCUCAUGGAAGCUCUGGCAAUAAGCUGCCCAUCGCUACAAGAUCUGAACAUCAGCAAGUGUAAACACGUAACCAACGUUGGGCUCAUCACCCUGUACUGCCCUGGGGACGAGAUGAACUCUGGCUGCAGAAACCUGACCAAUCUCAAUGUGUCUUCCACAAGUCUCACGUGUGACGGCGUCCUCUUCGCGCUACAAGGUUGGCCAAACCUGCUCAAACUGGAUGCAGACAUGCUGGAUUUUCCUCCUGAGGGUGUUGCUAUACCUUCAGGAAAGUACAAACUUAAGACGAUAAAUUUUCCUGUACGUUACGAGUCGCUCGAGCAAGUUCACCAUCUCUUUCCCAACCUGAGGAGCAUGGAUCUGAGCAAUUAUGGUGUACAUUAUGAUGAAGCGCCCCCUGUUGGAGCACUGGGUCAACUGCAGUUCUUAGAAGAACUGAGCAUAGACGCAGAGAACUUUCCACCUCACGGGAUUGAUAUAUUCAAAUCACUUGGGAGUAGAAUCAAGAUACUUGAACUGUACGGCUACCGCGGCGUGGAUUUAGCCGAGGUUGCCAUGACGUUCCCUAAUUUGGUCAGGCUGGUUUUGUUUGGCUGUCACUUUGUGAACAGCGGCCGAAAAUACCCGAGCAAAGCCGAACUGCCGAAGCUUCGAGCUUUCAUGUUCUUUCGCCUCGGUCCGUACCAGUCAGUCGAGGAGAGCUUUCCCGCGGAAGAUUUCUGCAACCUCCUGGCGACUUGCAAGGAAAUUGAGUUCCUUGAGCUGACAAGUAUUCAAGUGUGGACUCCCGAGGUGAUUGACACUUUGUCGAACGCACUGCUGAUUUGUUUGUUGAACAGGGACGUAUUUCAACAUUUGCGUGAACUGCAGCUGUGGUACUGUCAUAGGUUUACCACCCGGGGAAUCCUACCUUUAGUUAAUCGUAGUGAUAGUGGUCUGAAGAAACUUGGGCUGCAUCAUUGCGACGGUCUGUCAGAGGACGAUCUGCAAGAAAUCGAAGAGAUCAUCCACAGAAAUAACCUGGACCUUACGCUUAGAUACUGAGUUCUUUUUCGCCCUAUCACAUUGAUUUAAAUUCUGGAGACAACAAAUGAACAAAUGACAACUGCACUUACGCCAGAUUAUACCAGACGUUCCAAACAUGGCCCAAAGCCUGUUUUGAAUGAAAUAGCCUUUACCCUUACAUGUAAUUUCCAGCUACUAAAAUGGCAACAUUUCCGGUGACAAAGGCUUUUUACACUCAUUUUGAAAAGGGUACUUGUUGGCAUGAAAAUGCACCUUCUGCUCAUGCCUCUAUUUGUGACCUAAUACUUUGAUAGAUAUGUCAAUUAAUUUUA